AAAGUAUAACUGUGUGUGUGUGUGUGUGUGUGUGUGUGUGUGAGAGAGUGUGAGUUUUGAUCAGGCAGUAUGAUGGUCGCCUCACGCGGGUUCCUUCAGAGUCACAGUUUCCAACAUGGCGGCCUCCAUCGCGAAGCUUUUAUCCUCCUGGACUCCGAGGGUGUGUCCGGUCCGGUGGACUCGUUAUAACCCAUACUACCUGGAACCCGAGCCGCGUAAAGAUGUCUACUCCAUCCCCGAGUCAGAGCUCAGUCCUGAGCAGAAGGAGGAACGGGAGCUGAAAACCCUGAGACCCAUCAAAGCAGCCAAGUCUGGUGCCACCAGCUCGCAGUUUGAUGAUCCGAUAAUCAGCAAGUUCGUCAACAUGAUCAUGCAGGACGGAAACAAAGUCUUGGCACGAGGAAUCAUGACGCAGACACUGGAGAUGAUCAAGAGGAGGCAGGUGGAGAAAUACCACCGAGGUCCGACAGCCGAGAAAGCGGAGAUCGAGUGUAACCCGUACGCCAUCUUCCACCAAGCCAUCGAGAACUGCAAACCCAUCAUCGGCCUGGCCAGCAUUCAGAAAGGAGGCAGGAACUACCAGGUUCCUGUUCCUCUAACAGAUAAGCGUCGGCGUUUCCUGGCCAUGAAGUGGAUGAUCACAGAGUGCAAAGACAACAAGCACCGGCGCACACACAUGUACGAGAAACUCUCACAGGAGCUCCUCGCCGCAUUCAACAACGAGGGAAACGUCAUUAAACGCAAACACGACUUGCACAAGAUGGCCGAAGCUAACCGGGCGUACGCACAUUACCGCUGGUGGUGACCAGGACGUAGCUACGGGACGGGACAGGACAGGACGGGGCAGGACAGGAGCACAGCCUUGGACACGGGAGCAUAAAAACAUUGUUAAAAUUUUACACGAAAGUAUUUGGACUUCACGAGAUUUCAUCUGUAAUCUUUCCGUCGUCCUGAUUCCUGCUGAAUGUUAUAACGUGAGCCAAGUGUAAUGUGUGUUUUUGUAUUAUAACCAUUAAUAAAUAAACAAAAACGUU